CAAAUGUUUACAGAUUGGCCAUUUUAUAUGUCUAAGUCAAAGGAAGUGGUAGAGGGAACAAUAAUACACAGAUGAGAAACCAACCAGAAACAAAUUAUAUUGAGAAAAUAUUCUUUUUGUAUAUAACAAAAGGAACCAAAUUACUCUGUUCUAAAUUUCAAAGCAGUUAGCAUUCAUCGCUACAAUUCGGCAAUAAAAAGAAUUCAGGCCAUAAAUAUUAAACACAUCAAGUGAAGAGGAGAGCACAGAAUUGCUGUUCUUUGCUCAACCGAAAUUGAAGAUGGGAGGAGGGCCAAUUGCUCCAAGAGGUGUAACAAAAGAAAGAGCUGAAGAAUAUAAAGGAAGAGUCACUCCUUAUGUAAUCAUAGCAUGUAUUGUUGCUGCUAUUGGUGGAUCACUCUUUGGAUAUGACAUUGGAAUUUCAGGGGGAGUGACAUCAAUGGAUGAAUUUCUUCGACGAUUCUUCUACUCAGUGUACCAGAAGAAGAGACAUGUGCACGAAAACAACUACUGCAAAUACAAUAACCAAGUUCUAGCUGCAUUUACCUCGUCUUUGUACUUAGCUGGUUUAGUUGCAUCUCUAGUAGCAUCUCCUAUCACAAGAAACCAUGGACGUCGCGCAAGUAUAAUAUGUGGUGGCAUUAGUUUUUUCGUCGGAGCAAUUCUGAAUGCCUCUGCUAUCAACCUCGCCAUGCUUCUUUUGGGACGAAUUAUGCUUGGCGUUGGCAUUGGCUUUGGUAACCAGGCAGUUCCAUUAUAUUUAUCAGAGAUGGCACCAGCACAUUUAAGAGGAUGCUUAAACAUGAUGUUUCAAUUAGCAACAACACUUGGAAUUUUCACCGCGAACAUGAUCAACUACGGAACGAGUAAACUCCAUCCAUGGGGAUGGAGACUUUCAUUAGGCCUAGCUGCAGCACCGGCGUUUUUUAUGACAGUCGGAGGCCUACUACUUCCAGAAACACCGAAUAGCUUAAUCGAACAAGGAAAUAAAAUAAAAGGACGACAAGUUUUAGAGAAGAUAAGAGGAACUGAGAAUGUUGAUGCAGAAUUUGAAGAUAUGGUUGAUGCAAGUGAAUUGGCGCGAUCGAUUAAGCAUCCGUUUAGAAAUAUUCUGAAAAGGAGAAACAGGCCACAGUUAAUUAUGGCUAUUUUGAUGCCAACUUUUCAGAUACUUACAGGGAUUAAUAUUAUACUCUUUUAUGCUCCUGUGUUGUUUCAGAGUAUGGGGUUUAAAAGAACAGCUUCUCUUUAUUCCUCAGCUUUAACUGGUGCAGUUCUUGCUUCAUCUACAUUAGUAUCUAUGGCCAGAGUCGAUAGAUGGGGUCGACGAAUUCUGCUUAUUAGUGGUGGAAUCCAAAUGAUCACCUGCCAGGUUAUUGUUGCCAUAAUCUUGGGACUCAAAUUUGGUAGUGACAAGGAGCUAACAAGAGGUUACUCAAUUAUAGUAGUGAUUUUUAUCUGCCUAUUUGUAGCUGCUUUUGGAUGGUCAUGGGGUCCACUUGGAUGGACAGUGCCAAGUGAAAUUUUCCCUUUGGAAACAAGAUCUGCAGGCCAAAGCAUAACAGUGACUGUGAAUUUAUUCUUCACAUUUGCUAUAGCACAAACUUUCCUCUCACUUUUGUGUGUUAUGAGGUUUGGAAUUUUCCUAUUUUUUUCUGGUUGGAUUGUUGUUAUGACAAUCUUCAUCUAUCUCUUCUUGCCUGAAACGAAAGGAGUUCCGAUUGAAGAGAUGAUGCGACUUUGGGAAAAGCAUUGGUUUUGGAAGAAGAUUGUAUUGGAUGAUCAACAAGCUAACAACAUCAGUGGUCGAGAGAGCGCUAUAUAAUUGAACCAGAAGUCGAUAGCAGAACUAUGGCUUUCAAGAAAAGCGCUCGUAGCCAUAGGAUACAGUCAUGAGCAGAGGUGGAGCCAAGAUUUAAAGUUUGUGAAUUCUUAACUUGUCAUGGAACCUAUAGCUCGUCUUGGUUAUUGGGUUGGCAAUUAAAUAUUUAUACAUUAGUCAUGAGAACGUGGAUUUAACUGAUGCAAUCAGUCAUUCUUACUAACAGAACAUUUUUUAACAAUGUGAAAUGUAUGUUUAACACUGUUUGUACUUGUUUUU